AUGGGCACAUGUUUAACCGGUUCAUUGGUCGGUGCUGCUUACUUGUUAGCUCUUCUCUUUGCAAUACCGGAUAUACCAUCCUUUGUUGAAACAAAUAGUAGUAAAAAUUCUUCAAUCAAUUUUGCAGUGGCAACCUAUCGACUGGCUGUACCUCAUCGAGGUGCACUUGUAUUAACAAUUCUUCUCAUACUUAAUAUUUACUUUGCCGGUAUAUCAGGAAUGACGGUUACUAGUCGAAUUGGUUUCGCGAUGGCUCGUGAUGGUGUAUUUCCGUUGUCAUCUUAUCUCCGUUGGAUUUUUCCGCGAACGAAAUCACCUUUGGCAACUAUAGCUUUAGUCAUGACAAUGGACUUUCUUCUUCUUUUACUUCAGCUGGUAUCAACCACUGCAUUUUCUGCUAUUAUAUCAAUUGCUACACUCGGAUUUCAAUUGUCUUAUGUUUUGCCUAUUAUCUUUCGAUGUACAGUUGCUCGAAAGACUUUUCCUAUCGGUGACUUCAAUCUUGGUCGAUACGCUGUACCCAUUGCUGUUCUCUCAGUUGUUUGGCUUAUUAUUACAUCAGUAUUUAUGUUCUUUCCUGCCAAGUAUCCUGUCACGAGUGACAAUAUGAACUAUACUGUCGCAGUUAUUGCUGGUAUAGCAUUGAUUGCGGCCACCUACUGGAUAUUUUCUGCUCGUCAUUGGUUCAAAGGUCCUAAACGAUAUCAUCAUGAUUCAAAUUUGUUUCAAACGUUUUCUCUUGCUACAGUACAUGGUGAGAAAAUAAUAUUUCUAAGUUAA